CAGCCAUUUCAACUUUCAGAUGUGAUCAAGGGAAAGAUGUCUCGGCUGCUGGAAUAACUCACCAGGACUUAUGACAGAGAACACAGCACACACAUACAGGACAGAGAGAGUGAGAACAAAUUGCAUUGGGAGGUUCCUGUCCUGGUGUAACUGUCAGAGCAUAAUGGUGGCAUUUAAAGGGAUCUGGACCAAGGACUUCUGGAGGGCUGUGUCUGGAGAAUACCUGGCCACUCUCAUCUUUGUCCUUCUCGGUCUGGGCUCCACCAUUAACUGGGCUGCAGGCGAGGAGAAGCCUCCCCCGGCUGACCUAGUCCUUAUCUCCCUGUGCUUUGGCCUGAGCAUCGCCACUAUGGUGCAAUGUUUUGGUCAUAUAAGUGGCGGACACAUUAACCCCGCGGUCACAGCAGCGAUGGUUGUUACUAGAAAGCUGAGCCUGGCCAAGGCGUUAUUCUAUGUGCUGGCUCAGUGCCUCGGGGGUGUCACAGGAGCUGCGAUCCUCUACCUAGUCACACCUGCUGCUGUCAGAGGGUCCUUCGGUGUGACCUCGGUGAACCCCAACAUCUCAUUGGGACACGCUCUUCUUGUGGAGCUCCUAAUCACAUUCGAACUGGUCUUCACUGUGUUCGCCACCUGUGACCCUAAACGCUCAGACCUCGGAGGCUCUGCUAGCCUUUCCAUUGGCUUUGCUGUAGCUAUCGGUCACUUAUUUGCUAUCCCUUUUACAGGAGCCAGCAUGAACCCUGCUCGAUCUUUCGCGCCUGCACUGGUCACUCUUAACUUUGAGAACCACUGGGUGUACUGGGUGGGACCCAUACUGGGUGCCAUACUUGCUGCUGGCCUGUAUGAGUACCUGUACUGCCCUGACCCUGAGACGAAGAAGAGGCUGAAGCAGGUCUUCCAGAAGGACCCGUCAGGAAUAUACCGGGAGGUGGAGACAGAGGACAUUGUCAUCAAGCCGGGAUCCAUCCACACUAUUGAUCUGGAGAAAUCUGAGAAAAAGGAUCCAUUCCUGGACUCGACGAGAGAAGUUCUGUCUUCAGUAUGACUAUCACGUGCACUGGAAAUGGAGACCAAUCUGUAGAGCACAUUGACAAUCAAACGUUGGAGGAUCCAUCUUGAGCUUGCCCCCUACAAAGCAGAAAAUAAUUUCUGUCCAUGAGGCCUUACAGCAAGUCUAAAUUACUCUCAUUGUCAUAAAACAAAUAUGAUGUUAUGGCUCAAUCCCACAAACAUCUACAAACUGUUCAAUACUCCUCCUGAAGCCCUCCUUUAAUGAUUUGUUGUAGCGGUGUUGGCAUGUGGCGCACAUUGAACGCUGAAGAAAGACGGUCCGCAAUACAUUGUGGAAGAGAAAUAUGUGUGAGGUCAACCAAUUAUGUGGGGUCAUCACGCUGAAUUGGAGAAGUGAAGAAGAAAAUGCAGGCUUGUUAUUUUUGGAUUAGUGUCACAUUUGGUCCAUGUACUUUAUAUUUAAUAACAGGAGAGCAUUUUCUUCUAAUCAUUAAGCACAUUACAGGUCCCAAGCAACGUAAGCAGUUCUGACAAACUUUAUUACCAGGGGUUUUAUUACAGUGCUCUCUAUUUUCAGUGCAUUAGUCAGGGAAAAAAGUAGUGCAUGGACAUAGAAACACUUUUUGAUGUUUAUUAUGAUUAUUGCUACAUGAUGAUUUUAUUUUUUCAAUAUCGUAAGAAAUGUGAUUGUUAGCUGUUGUUAUUUUAUAGAC